AUGGCAACCUACCCCCGGCCAGACUUCCAACGAACUCCCCUAAACUGGAGCAGCCUCGACGGCCCUUGGAGCUUCACAUUUGACGACGCAGACAGCGGCAAAACCGAAAAAUGGCACAAAAGCAGCCUAAACAACACCAGCUCCAAACGCGAGAUCCAAGUGCCUUACGCCUUCCAAACCCCAGCCUCGGGCAUAAACCUCUACGAAGCCCACGAGGUAAUGUGGUACGAGCGGACGAUCACUGAUAUCCGCAGCGCAGAUGAAAAGGCGAAGGGACACAGACUCCUCGUCCGCUUCGGUGCGGUCGAUUAUGAAUGUCAGGUAUGGGUAGAUGGGCAUUUCGUCGGUGGACAUCGGGGCGGGCAUGUUCCCUUCGAUGUGGAUGUUUCCGAUGCAUUCGGUGACGGCGAUGAAGUUGGAAAGGAAGCUCGUCUCACGCUCCGAGUGAGAGACUCGCCGUAUGACCUAACCCAGCCACGAGGCAAACAGUUCUGGGGUCCUGUUCCCGAGAGUAUCUUCUACACGCCAUCGGGUGGGAUUUGGCUUUCUGUUUGGCUGGAGAGUGUCCCUGCUAUGCGAUUAGCGUGUGGGAGUGGUGGGACGGUAUUACGGGCCGACGAUGUCGAUGGUGGGGUGUUGCACGCCCGGGUUGGCGUUCUCGGACGACGAGUUGGCUCUAAAUUCGCAGCCAAGGUCGAGGUCGAGGCGAGACUUGGCGGAGUGUUUGUUAGCAAGGGUGAGGCCGAGCUGCCUCGGGAUCAGGAUAUCGCCACGCUGGAUCUGAGUAUGAAGGUGCCUAAUGCUGCCGAGUUGCAGAGUCGGGAACCGUUCAAUGAGGUUGGUGUCUGGCAUGAGGGUGUGGCGCUCUGGGCUCCGGAACAUCCUAUCCUCUAUGAUAUUACACUCCGACUCUACAAUAGCACAGGUAAUCUGGUCGAUACAGUCGAAACGACCACGGGCAUGCGAAGUCUGUCCUGGCAAACGGGUGACGGCACAUUCCGAUUGAAUGGCAAGCCCUACUUCCAAAUGCUUUUCCUGGAUCAAGGCUACUGGCCCGAGACAGGACUGACGCCUCCAUCAUCCGAAGCGUUGAAGACGGACAUUGAACUAGCCAAGAAAAUCGGAUUUAAUGGCUGUCGCAAGCACCAGAAAGUCGAGGAUCCCCGAUUCUACUACUGGGCCGAUCGACUUGGCUUCGUCGUCUGGGGUGAGAUGGCGAAUGCGUAUGAGUUCGGAGGUGAAUAUGUCGAGCGGUUCACGAGCGAGUGGAUUGAAGCUGUUAAGCGUGAUAUCAAUCACCCAUCUAUCGUUACCUGGACACCGGUCAAUGAGUCCUGGGCUGUUUCGUCGCUGAAGGAUAAUAUCGAGCAGCGGAAUCAUGUUCGCGCACUGUAUUACCUGACGAAAAACCUCGAUCCAAGCCGUCCCAUAAACGACAACUGCGGCUGGGAACAUAUAAAAACAGACCUAACAACCUUCCACGACUACAGCGACUCCCCAGAACUGACAACUACAUGUGCCACCAUGGGCGGAAUCCUAGGCCCAAAAGGCGGACACGCAAUGUUCGCACCACCCAUCUACAGCGGUUACUCCGGCUCCGUCAUUCUAGACGAGGGCGCGAGACACAUACCCGGUGCGCCGGUCAUCUGUAGUGAGUUCGGAGGUGUGAAUAUCACCCCGCCGAAGGAUUCUGCGGAGGCUGGCGAGCGGGAUUGGGGGUAUACCACUGCAAGUGACCCUGCUGAUUUCUUGGUGAGAUUUGAGAAAUUGGUUAUGGGUGUUGUGAGGGGUGGGCACGUUUGUGGGUUGGUUUGGACGCAGUUGUGUGAUAUCGAGCAGGAGGUUAAUGGGUUAUACACUUAUGACCGCAAAGACAAGGUACCCGCGGAGAAGGUGAAGGCUAUUAUGGAUGCGGCGAAGGAUCAUUAUUAUGGACAUGUUACUAGUCAUCAUUCGAGGGGUUUGAGGAAGUUGUUGGAUCAGUAUAAGCAUGUUGUGCACCGGAAGUAG